AUGAAGCUCACCACGGCAGCCGCUCUGCUCCCUCUGGCCGUUGCAGCCAAGAAGGAAUGCCACCCGCCCGUUGAGUCAGAGAAGCUACAAGAUCUCAUCACGGAGGAGGGCCUGCUCGGCAACCUCCAGAGGCUCUACGACAUUGCCGAGGCCAAUGGUGGAAACCGCGCCUUUGGCUACCCGGGCUAUGCCGCCUCAGUCGACUACAUCUACGGCGAGGUCUCCAAGCUCAAGGGCUUCACGGCCUGGAAGCAAGACUUCCCGGCCCUCUUCACCAACACCACCGCGGCCGACGUCUCUGUCGGCGAUGAGUCCUACCGCACCGUCGCCCUGACCUACACACCCAGCACCCCCGAGGAGGGCGUCACCGCGGAGCUGGCGCUGGCCCCCGAAGGUGCUGAUGGCUGCGACGCCGCCAACUAUGGCAAUGUCGAGGGCAAGAUUGUGCUCGUGGAGCGUGGCCUGUGCCCCGACGCAACCACAUUUGCCGGCAAGGUCAGGGCAGCCGCGGCCGCAGGCGCCGUCGCCGUCGUGCUGUACAACUCGUCUCCCGCAAAGCUGACCGCUGGCUCCCUAUCCAUGCCGAGCCCCGACUACGUCCCUGCUGCGCUCAUCGACCAGGAGCCCGGCCAGGCGCUCAAGGCGCGGAUCCAGGGUGGCGAGACCGUUGAGUCGCACACGACCAUUGUCCAGCUGAUCGAGGAGCAGAUCACCCAAAACGUCAUCCUCGAGACCGUCGGCGGCGAUGCCGAGAACACGGUCAUGUUGGGCGCCCACUUGGACUCUGUCGUCGCCGGGGCUGGCAUCAACGACGACGGCUCUGGCUCGACCACCAUCCUCGAGCUGGCCAGGGGUCUGUCGCACUUCCGCACCAACCUCAAGGUGCGCUUCGCCUGGUGGGGGGCCGAGGAGAACGGCCUGUGGGGAUCGCGGUUCUACGUCAACAAUAUGACGGCCCCCGAGAUUAACGACCUGCUGCUCUACCUCAACUUUGACAUGGUGGGCCGUGGGUUCUGGGGCGUCUUUGACGGCGACGCCUCGGACGCGGGGCCGGGCGGCGCCCCUGGCUCGGACACGAUUGAGGAUCUGUUUGUCAAGCACUUUGAGGAGCAGGGCCUCGAGGUCACACCCGUCGGCUUGACGGGUGGGACAGACUACGUGCCCUUCCAGCAGGUCAUCAACAAGCCCGUUGGUGGUCUGUUCACCGGCACCGGCGCCGCUCAGGACGAUUGCUACCACCAGAAAUGCGACGACAUCAACAACAUUGAGCCCAACACCAUCACCACCAAUGGCAAGGCUGCCGCGCACGUCCUGUCCAUCCUCGCCAUCGAUGGCAAGGAGCUCAUCCCCAAGACGCCUGUCGACGAGACGUCUGUGGGCAGCCUUCAGGAUCGCGCGUCGGGCCUCGCGUGGAUGGAGUCGCGCGAUUUGUUUGGGGCCGGCCACGGCAAGCUGUGUGAUCACGAUAUCAUCUAA